CUAAGACGCCGUAGAGGGGACAAAACCCACAAAUUAUAUCCCACAUGGUAGAGAGCUUUAGAAUGUAAACAAAGCUUCUGCGGCUACAGUUGGGGCCAUAAGGGUACAAACAGUCCUCUUGUUCGUGACUAUUAGCUACGCAGUGCUUGACUACCUCACCCUUGCUUUUAGAGUUGCCGGACGCAGUAAAGGACUCCAACUUGCCAUUACAAACAGCUUAACAAUCCGUUUAAUUCAUGAUUCCAUCCCUUUCUAUGUGCUGACAAAUGAAGUUCCUUUCCUGCUUGUUUGGCGGAGGCCUUCAGCGCGAGGCCCCAAAUGCCUGCCCUGUUGCGUCAUUUCGUCAAGGGGAACAGCCGGUGGAGGUGGAAGCCAGAUUCGGGCCACCUCGUAGUCAUGCUGAGCUCAUGGCGCCUGCGCCAAGAACACCUUCGGGAACGCCGGCCGUGCAACACACCGACAUUCAAAUAAGAGAGUUACGGGAGGUGCCCGGCGCAGCUACAACCAAGUCGCAGCAAGUGCAGGAUGCUGAACGUGGAGAGACCUCCUUAACAGCUGACCUUCUCCAGGGGCUUUUCUUUACGGAUGUGGUUCUCGGAUAUGGCUCAUUUGGCAUCGUUGUCAAAGGUUUCCUGGACGGUAAGGACGUGGCAGUUAAGUUCGUCGUGACACACAAACCCGCCGAUCGCGCUGCCGUACGAGAGAUAACCGUUGGGCCCUCCCAAGCCCUCGUACAUCCACACAUUUGCAAGACCUACUCCACCCGUUCUGCCGUACUCACGCAUCGGCUAAUCCGCGAGCUCCGAAACCACGUGGCGGAGAUCAGGACCCGCGAGGCCCGCCAAAAGCAGAUGCUCCGCAUGCCGCCGCAGCAACAGCAGCCUCAGCCCACAUCGCCAUCGCAGCAGCGGCAGCAGCAGCUGGAACAACAGCUGCAGCGACGGCAGCAGCAGCAGCCACCGCAGCCUGGCCGCAAGGGAGGUGAAGGCCAGGGCGCUGGAAAAGGCGGAAGAGGAGCAGGAGCAGCAAUCACCAACCACCUCAGCAACCCCAUGCAACCACUAACCGCCGCCUACGCCGCAUCGCCGCGUGCCGUACUUUUCGAAAUGCUCUCCCGACUCGGAGCGUACGACAACCAGGUCGUAACGCUCGUCAUCAUGGAGCACUGCUGCCGAGGAACCCUGACGCAGGCCAUUCACGGGGGCUGCUUCGCGGCUUUUCCGGGAAUGUGGAGUCGCCGUACGGCGGUUAGGGCAUUGAUCCGUACGGCCGCUGAGCUGGCACGUGCGCUACUGCAUCUGCAUCGGGGCGGGCUGGUGCAUGGGGACUUGAAGCCAAGCAAUGUGCUGUUGAAGGUGUCAAGGGAGGACCGCCGCGGCUUCACGAUCAAGCUGGGUGACUUUGGUCACUCCCAUGUGCUACCUGCGGGCGCCAAGUCCCUGGACACGAGCACCUGGGGUACCCCGGCCUACAUGGCGCCGGAAGCGCUGUCGGGGCGGGUGGGCAAGGCGUCGGAUGUCUGGAGCUUUGGUGUGAUCCUGAGCGAGGCGCUCACUCGGACGCAUCCGUACGGCGAAGACAUUGAGCUAGAUCGGCUCGUGCUCGGUAUCCUAGACGGUUCCCUCCAACUGGCCUGGCCGAGAUUGAAGACGAUUCCCAUUCGGGCCACCACGAGAAGUGACGGCGACGGCAGCGACGGUGACGGAGCCGGCGGAGAUGGCGGGUGCACGGUAACCAACAACGCCCCAACCAACUUUGCCGACGGAGCGCCACCAGCGGCCAUGAAGGCCAAGAUACGCCUCGCCAACUCGUUACGUAACGCAUGCGGCGACACAACUGCCUCUGCUAGUGGUGUUGCUGCUGUCGCCAAUGACAUUGUCGGCGGCGCCGCUGGCGGCGUCGCCAGUGGUGUCAGCGGCGUCGGCGAUAUCGGCGGAAGCCCCGUCGCUGUCGGCAUGCUUUCUACGGCCAGCGACACUGUUACGGCUGCAACCAUCGCCUCCGCGGCCCAGCCACAGCCCUUUUCCCCGGACAACGGCUUCGGUGGCGGCGGUCAAACGGCAGCAACGAAUGCCGUUGGUGCUUGCACGUCGCCAACGAACGCAACCAACUUUACGCUGCUAACCACCAAUGGCGGCGGCGCCGGCGCGACUAUGGCUAGCAUGCCGACGAAUGCAACGGUAACGGCAAUGACUAAUGAUACCAUGCACAAUUCCGUUGCCGCCGCCGCGGCGGCGCGCCGACUGCACUACGGUCACGGCGCCGCCGUUGAGGGUUGGGACGUUGACGGCGGCGGCGCCGCCGUCGCCGCCAAGGCGACAGCUGCGGCCGCGGUGCAUGGGCACAACACCAGUAAUAACGCCUGCAUUGGCGGCGGCGGCGCCGCCGUCGGCAACGGCAACAACGGCUCCAACGGAAAUGACGACGAGCUGAACUCAGUGGAGGCGAGUCUAGUCGACUUGGGUCGCCGCUGUACGAACCCAGUGGCGGCGGACCGCCCGUGCUUUGCGGCGAUCUUGGGCGAGCUCAUUGACUUGGAAUUACUCAUGAAGUCGGCGUCGAAGGGCAACCGUCAGCCGAACGGCGGCGGCGGCGCCGCUAACGGUAAUGCUAACGGGGUCGUUAAGGAUUCUGGCAGCGGGGCGUCGCGGAAUCGGUCGCGGUUCUGCUUUGCGGCGGCCGCAGCGGAUCAACUUCGGCAGUCGAGAAAGGAUGCGCGCCGGAUAGGGAGUAUGGAAGGGGAGUGCAAGGGAGGGCAGGAUGCUGGGGUGGCGGUGGCGAGAGCUGAGGCGGCAUUGGGACCUGCAUAAACCUUCUAAUUGGUUGCACGGCGGCGGGGUACGGCAAUCCGUUCAUUAAAUCAUUAGACAGAGAUGUUCUGAAGCUGUGCAGCAGUGGGAAGAUGACGUUUUCGUUUGCGGGUGUGCAAGAUGGGUGCCGUAUUGUAGUACUGUAUACUGUCAUCUUCGUGCACUGACAUGCCGUGCAUUGCGUUGUAGACAAGGUGGGCGGGGUGGUUUCUCACGAGUGUUGCAAAUGCCGGCACAACCGGGCUUACCGGUAUAGCUACUUCGAUGGGCGUGUGGUAUUUUGCUUUGCGGCGUUAGCUUUGCUUGCAACGGCUUCGGAUUGCGGUACAGUAUUGCUCACUUGCAAAACCUGUUGGGAUGCAACAGCAGUAUGGUACUUGUUCUUGACUAAGCGGAACUGUUUCGCAGCUGCUGUCUCUUUGAGUUAUCAUUGGGAAUUGCUGAUAACACGGAUGCUGAUACAUGCUGUUAUGCGUUGUGGGCACCAGGGGUGCAAGGCCACCACCUCGUCCCGUCGCAAAUUCGAGUCUUGCCUCCAUGGAAUGGAGGGAACGGGCCAUGAGAAUGGGCCAUGGGGUCGACCUCUCCUGUGGUGUAUUUCGCUGCUUGCUAACAGGCAACUGCGCCGUGCUCCUUGGUGGCUGAACAGGGGCUAGAUAACUGUUGUGGAACGGGGGGGAAAUAAAUGAUAAAGUGCAGCAACUGGAGUCCCAAUCCCGUAUCCCGACUCAUGCAGUGAGCACAUUCGGAACGGGGGGAGGGUUGGCUGGUGGUCAACUUGGGUUUCGUUGUUGGGGUAUUUUUCAGUCCCUUCUGGGGGUCCAGUCCGGUAAGUCAACAGUGACCACGUUGGUUUGGAACGCCAAUGGGUCCUGUUAGACUGGAGGUUAACGAGGAUGUUUCCAUAGUCACGUACUUUAUGUACUGCGUAUUUGCGUACGGGGCUUUGCGCACUGUUGGAUUUGGUUGUUGCCCGAGGGAAUUUGCGACCUGGUGAAAUUAUUUAGGCAAAGGCAGAGACUGCCGCUCGAAGUAUUUGUGGGAUGCUUGAUCUAUUGCGUGGUGGUUGUUACUUGCACGGCUGGGGGAUGGUCCAUUGACUGCAUGGAAUGGCGGUUGGGAGGACAUGCAAUGCUUGGCUUGGGAUUAGGCGACUGGGAGGUAAGGAGGAAACAACCUGACCCGUGUGAUAAGGCGUUAUCUUGACAAGGAGGUAGAGAGGCCUAAAGAAGGACAUGGGGCUCAUACGGACAGCGAUGUAUGGGAGAUGUCGAAGCAGGGUUUGUUGAUUGGCUGUACGGAUGGCUACUGUGGAGGUUCCGGAACACAUUUCAUGCAAUAGAGUCACAGCUGCAUAUAGAUGUGUUCCGUUCCGUACGAAUUGGCGAUCGUCGUUUCUCAUCUGGACGCGCGGUUAUUGAGCUUAAAUAGGUAGGUUGUAUGUCGAGUUGCAACAAGACCAGUAACGGUUUUGGUACUGCAAUGCGGCAAAGCGUGCUGAUGCUCUCGCGGGGUUAGUACCUCUAGACCCACGGGUCAGCACUGGAGGGGAUGUACCGGUCUGCCUUGGGGCCUUGAACGCCCCCACACUGCCCGUUGUGGUGCCGAAGUUAUCGUUAUAGGCGGCCUGCACGUUUAAUCGAG